AUGUACUAUGUAUCUACACUAGGAGCUGUGUUUGGCGUAACUACCUGCCUCAGUGCCCAAAUCCGAGAGGAACCAGAGAGUCCCCUGAACUAUUUCAUAGGAGGCUGUGCAACAGGAGCUGUCUUGGGUGCAAGAGCGCACAGUUACAUGACUGGUACCACUGCAUGUUUGGGGUUUGGAAUUACUGCUGCUCUAAUGAAGAUAGGUAACAAGGAGGGCUGGAGGCUGACGGGACCCCCCAAGCUGUAA